AUUGUCCUUUGUAAUAUGAGUGGCUAUUACCAUUAAACAUAACACUAGCUGUUAAUCUCGAGGACCACGAGUUUUAUUUACAUCAUAUUUAAUGCAUAAACAUCUGUUCUCGGCGGUAUUUUCAAACUGCUAAAGGUCAAAGUAACUUCUCUACAAAUGGAUAGGCUAUAAAAGACGUGGUAUUUGUGCCUAUCUGCAUUGCGCCAUUUUAGCGAUAAAGAUUGCGGUCGAUAGCGGUUGUGGAGACUCGAAUAAUCGAGAUAAACUUAUCAUUAACAUCAACACGCGGUUUAAGUCGGAACGAAGUAAAAUCUCUCAUUUUGAAGCAAUGCUCUUAUCCAUUUAAAUAGAUCAAUACGCACAAGUGAAUUACGGACUAUGGUAACACUGCCCAUUGCUCAAAAACCUGACAUUGACAAGUUAUAACAAGAUAAAACGCGGGCAAAGUUAAUAAUUACAAACAUUUAAUGAUUCAUGUGAACUUUUCAAUACGCAAAGGUCAAAGAUACAAAUCAUUAGAAAUACUCGAAGCUCUGGGUUUUUGACCAUAUAAAUGGCGUCUGCAGCUAAGAGAAAAAAGUUGUCUAAGGCGACCUCAAAAGUUGUAAAGAAAGAAACGAAUACAGAUAUCACUGAUUUUAUAAAUGAAAUACAAAAAAAACGAGAAAACACUGCAGAUUCUAUAUUGGAUUUUGCUUUUAUUAAAAAUCGCGUGCGUAUUAUUUCACAAGAGCAACUUGUACCUGACUACUGUGAAGGUAUCGUUUAUUGGAUGUCAAGAGAUUGCAGAGUUCAGGACAACUGGGCAUUCUUGUUCGCUCAGAAGCUCGCUCUUAAGAACGAGGUUCCUCUUCACGUCUGCUUUUGUUUGAGUUCAAAAACUUCAGAUGUUUCUUUGAGGCAGAUUCAUUUUUUGAUAAAGGGUUUAGAAAAAGUUGCAGAAGAAUGUGAUAAAUUGAACAUAUCAUUUCAUUUGCUGGGAGGAAUUGGUCCAGAUGUUUUGCCCCAAUGGGUCAUUGACCACAAGAUUGGAGCUGUCGUGUGUGAUUUCCUUCCUCUGAGGACACCAAUGAAAUGGGUUGAGGAGUUAAAAGAGAAACUGAAAGAGGAUAUACCUCUAGUUCAGGUGGAUGCACAUAAUGUAGUGCCUUGCUGGGUAACUUCAAAAAAGCAGGAGUAUACAAUAUGGAACAUAAGAACUAAAAUCAAUGGCAAGCUGGAGGAAUACCUCACUGAGUUCCCACCUUUGAUUAAACAUCCAUACCAAAGCAAUUUUAAAGCAGAGGAAAUAGAUUGGGACAAGGAAAUCUCAAGCAGAGAUGCUGACAAAACAGUUGGACCAAUAGAGUGGGCAAGUCCUGGAUAUGAGGAAGCUAUGAAGACAUUGAAGAGUUUCCUAGACAAGAGAUUAAAGAAUUUUGCUGCUAAAAGAAAUGACCCCACAGAAGAUGCUUUAAGCAAUUUGUCACCAUGGUUUCAUUUUGGUCAAAUCUCAGUACAACGAGUUGCACUUUGUGUUCAAAACUAUCAAAAUCAAUAUGAAGAAAGUGUAAAACUCUACAUGGAGGAGGCUGUUUCGCAUAGAGAGUUAGCUGACAACUUUUGCUUCUACAGUGACCAUUAUGAUGACAUAAAAGGUGCUUAUAACUGGGCGCAGAAGACUUUAGAAGAUCAUAGAAAAGACAAGCGUACCCACAUAUACUCUCUAGAACAGCUGUCUAAAGCAAAAACCCAUGAUGAAUUGUGGAACUCUGCACAACUGCAGCUUGUCAAAGAAGGCAAGAUGCAUGGCUUCAUGCGAAUGUACUGGGGCAAGAAGAUUCUAGAAUGGACACCAAGUCCAGAAGAUGCACUUAAAUAUGCAAUAUACUUGAAUGAUCAUUACAGCAUAGAUGGUAUAGACCCUAAUGGAUAUGCGGGUUGUAUGUGGUCAAUAAGUGGUGUUCAUGAUCACGGGUGGACGGAGCGUGCAGUGUUUGGCAAGGUACGGUACAUAAGCUAUGACUACUGCAGGCGGAGGUUUGACGUCGACGCCUUUGUCGACAAAUACGGAGGAAAGAAACAUAAAUACAUUGCAGCUAAAUAGACAAGAUCAGAUAAUAGUGCUAUGUAUUCAUAUUUUGAUUUGAAUCUAAUUUUUAAUAAGAUAAGUACAUUUACUCAACAGUUAAAACAAUCAAAUUGCUUCAUAUGUAACAUACUUCAUUUUUUACGCAAAAAUAAAGUAAUUCAUAGUUAGGACCAAUGUACAGUCGCGGAAAUCUGCGGUGUCCACAUGAGAAAAAUAUCCUAUUUCGUGCAACGCGACGAACUCCUCCUCUAACAAAUAACCAAUUAGAUAGUUGAGUUGCGCAAACGACGAGAUUGCAAUAAAACGCUAUUAAUAUGUACCUCUGACGGAUUUUUUUGGUAAUACACAUUUGUAAACUGCAUCCUAUUGAUUAUUGCCCAGCGGCUGCAUCUCAAUAUGUACAAAAC